AUGGCGAAAGAAUACCAGCUUCCCUUCACACUGGAUGAUCCCAGUCUCCUCCACUUUGACUCCUUUGUGAACAACGAAUGGGUUACUGCUAGCGAUGGAGGUCGAUUCGAAGUCAUCGAUCCUGGUACCGGAAAGCCCUGGGCCAGCUGCCCGUCCAGCACUACGAAAGAUGUCCCAAGGGCUGUAGAAGCUGCUCAGGCUGCCUUUGAGAAGUUUAGAAAAGUGAACCCUCGCACUCGAGCCCAGUUGCUCAUGAAAUGGGACGGGCUCAUCCGUGAUGCUCGACCUGAUCUGGCAAAGAUCCUGACUCAUGAGACUGGCAAGCCGAUUGCCGAGUCACUGGGCGAGAUUGACUAUGCCCUCGGCUUUACUUGGUGGUUUGCCGGAGAGGCAGAGAGAAUACAUGGCACUGUUGCUGUUCCUGCUGCACCCAAUCGAAGAGUCUUCACAAUCAAACAGCCUAUCGGUGUCGUGGCAGCGUUGGUGCCAUGGAAUUUCCCUAUCGCUAUGAUUCUUCGGAAAGCUGGAGCUGCCUUUGCUGCAGGAUGUACUAUGAUUGCGAAACCCAGCCCAGAAACACCCAUUACUACGCUGGUGCUUGCACUGCUCGCUAAGCGGGCAGGUUACGAGCCUGGUAUCUUUAAUGUGCUGACCACAGACCUCGACAAUACCCCUUCUCUCAGCGAGGCCCUUUGCAAGCAUCCCGACGUUAAAAAGGUCACCUUCACUGGCUCUACACGCGUGGGAAAACUCGUUGCCGCUCAUUGCGCUGAGGGACUGAAGAAAGUCACUCUUGAGCUUGGAGGAAACUGCCCGUUCAUCGUCUUUGACGACGCCGACCUCGACCAGGCGCUUAUCCAGCUCAUGGCGCUUAAAUGGCGUCACGCUGGACAAGCAUGUAUCACAGCCAACAGAGUCUACGUUCAGAGCGGAGUAUACGAUAAGUUUGCUCAGAUGUUCAAAGAACGAACCUCGAAGCUAGUUGUUGGCCAUGGUGCAAAGGACGGAACUACAAUGGGGCCAGUUACUACACCGCGAGGCCUCGACAAGGCCUUGAGCCAAGUGGAAGAUGCAAGGAAGCUGGGAGGCAACGUCAUCCUAGGUGGUAAAUCGAUGACUGGUUGUGAUGGUUACUUUUUUGAGCCAACCAUCAUAACCGAUAUGAAGCCGGAGAUGCUCAUCUCCCGAGAGGAAACCUUUGCGCCCAUCGCAGCGCUAUACAAAUUUGAUACCGAGGAGGAAGCUGUCAAAUGCGCCAACGAUACAAGCAUGGGCCUAGCUAGCUAUGCCUUCACCAAGAAUGUUGACCGGAUUUGGAGAAUGCUGGAGAAUCUGGAAGCGGGCAUGAUCGGACUCAACACAGGCAAUUCAUCCGCUGCCGAGUCACCAUUUGGUGGCAUAAAGGAGUCAGGAUAUGGCAAGGAGAGUGGGAAGGACGUUGCUGUCGCCGAGUUCAUGAUCACAAAGACUGGAACACUCACCAUUGACGGACAGUACUAA